AUGUCUCAGGAAUCCAGUCGUGACUAUGACACUCAGUCAUUGACGGCAAGUGUAACAGACUACCCCAUUGAGAAUGGCAGACGAUACCAUAAGUACCAUGAAGGAUCGUAUAUAUACCCGAAUGACGAACAGGAACUGGACCGGUUGGACAUGCAACACCAUAUGAUAAAAAUGGUCAACGGUGGACGCCUGUUCUUCGCUCCACUAGAACAUCCUAAGCGAAUUCUUGAUAUUGGCACCGGCUCUGGAAUAUGGCCCAUCGAGAUGGCGCCCAUCUUCCCAGAAGCCGAGAUUAUAGGCACCGAUCUUUCACCCGUGCAACCAACCGAAGUUCCCGAAAACGUUCACUUUCUAGUGGAUGAUGCCACCGAAGAUGAGUGGUUAUGGGGCCCCAACCACUUUGACCUCAUACACACUGGGCACAUGUCAGGGUCUUUACCCUCAUUUAAAGAACUCCUACGCAAGGCUUUUAAUCACCUGAAGCCAGGAGGUUAUAUGGAAUGUCAUGAAUUCGACCCGAAACCAAAGUGCGAUGAUGGUACAAUGCCACCGGACGACCCUGAAAAAUUCAGUGAAUUUGCUUUGCAAGACUGGUGUGAUUUGAACGUUCGCUCCGGCCAGAUCACAGAUCCGCCACGGCAGUUUCGUGUAGCUCACCGAAUUGCACGUUGGAUGAGAGAAGUUGGGUUUGAGGAUGUACAAGAACGCAUCAAGAAAGUUCCGAACAACCCAUGGCCUACCGACCCACGCAUGAGAGAAAUCGGCAAGUGGAAUGAGACAAAUUGGCUGGAAGCCCUAUCGGGAUGGUCCUACAAACCUCUUAUUGCCUUAGGCUGGUCGAAGCCUGAAAUCGAGGUAUUCCUGGUCGACGUCAGGAAAAGUAUCCAGAACCGUGACGUUCACAGUUACUUGGACUUUUUUGUCGUGACAGGAAGAAAGCCACUGCCAGGGGAGCAAAAACCAUAA